AUGAGGCUUAGUGCAUUCAUUCUGCUGGCUGUUGCUACCUGCACCAGCGCCGCUGGGGUUACAGGAGCUGCGGAGGGCUUUGCAAAGGGCGUUACUGGUGGAGGUAGUGCGACUCCAGUGUAUCCAGAGACCACUGCCGAGUUGGUUUCGUAUCUUGGAGAUAGCUCAGCGCGAGUAAUUAUCUUAACCAAGACUUUCGACUUCACCGGCACUGAAGGCACUACAACAGAGAAUGGAUGCGCACCGUGGGGCACUGGAUCUGCUUGUCAACUUGCGAUUAAUAAGAAUGACUGGUGUACGAACUAUCAACCAGAUGCCCCGACGGCUUCCGUUACUUACGACAAUGCCGGAGUGCUGGGCAUUACAGUCAAAUCCAACAAAAGCCUUGUAGGCCAAGGCUCCAGCGGUGUUAUCAAGGGCAAAGGUCUUCGGAUUGUGAGCGGUGCAAGCAACGUCAUUAUCCAAAACGUUGCAAUCACAGACCUCAACCCCAAAUAUGUCUGGGGCGGAGACGCAAUCACCCUCAACGAUGCCGACCUGGUCUGGAUCGACCAUGUCACGACCGCGCGCAUUGGCCGCCAGCAUCUUGUCUUGGGAACGAGCGCCUCGAACAGAGUGACGGUUUCUAAUUCCUACUUCGACGGCACCACUUCGUACUCCGCCACCUGCGAUGGGUACCACUACUGGGGCAUCUACUUGGACGGCUCAAACGACCUGGUUACCCUGAAGGGGAACUAUAUCUACCACAUGAGCGGUCGUAGCCCUAAGGUCGCUGCGAAUACCCUUCUUCACGCGGUAAACAACUACUGGUACGACUCCUCCGGCCACGCAUUCGAGAUCGACUCUGGCGGCUACGUGCUCGCAGAAGGCAACGUGUUCCAGAACAUCCCCACGGUCGUAGAAUCCCCCGUCAGCGGCCAGCUGUUUACCUCGCCGAAUUCAAACACGAAUCAAGUCUGCUCAACGUACCUGGGCCAUACAUGCCAAGUCAACGGAUUCGGCAGCUCGGGCACAUUCAGCCAGGCGGAUACGGGCUUUUUGGUGAAUUUCCAGGGAAAGAACAUUGCCAGUGCAGAGGCAUAUACUGUUGCGCAGAGCAAUGUCCCGUCGAAUGCGGGGCAGGGGAAAUUGUGA